AUGGGAAAACGAAACAGAGUAAAUAACAAUCAAAUAUAUGCCAAUGCUUUGCCCAUAAUAUUAUCUACCGAUGAGUAUGGGAGGUUACCUCAGAUAUAUCCGCAUAAUCCAGUGUCGUGGAUAUAUUUUGCAUAUCAGUAUUUGAGUAUACAGGCCAGAACAGUACCUCAAUUGCGUACCAAACCAUUCAAGGUAGACUAUGAAGAUGGGGUGUUUAAAGUUAAUGAUGAGGAGGAUAUGCGAAACUUGUGGAAACAAGGUUUUUUUGGCAAAGGAACAUUGUCUAGAUCAGAUCCGUCAUGGAAGACUAGGACCAACAGGAGAUUGAACCUCGAUGAAGACUUGGAUAUCACGAGUGAAGAGAUUACAAGAAUGAGAAGAGAAGAGAGAAAGAAGUUCAAGACAGAAAGAAGCAAAUUGCAGGAUUUGGAGCUAAAGCAACGACAAAACAACAUUUCGAAUGCUGAGUUACAAACCUUAGAAGAAGUCCGUCAAAGUUUGAAUGUGCUGAGGCUCGAAAACCCUAACUACAACCAGGCGUUGACCCAGUUAGAGGCCCUUAGGAUCGAGGACCAGAACAUCAUUCACGAUGGCACCCUCUUGGACCUCGAAUAUUUGCAGUUGCAGAAAACUGAGGUGUUUUUCUUACGUUUCGCCCUCAAUGUCAUCAACAUUGAUUUGUCGCUCUCACAACUCUUUUCUGAAUGCUGUGAACGCGACAUUUCGCCAAACAACUCGUUUAUUCUCGAAUACGUCGUCUACCACCAUUACAGGUCUUUGGGAUGGUGUGUGAGGUCUGGAAUAAAGUUUGGUUGCGAUAUGUUGCUCUACAAAAGGGGCCCUCCCUUCAGCCACGCCGAACAUGCGAUUCUAAUAAUGUCGGACAGCCACCACGACUGGUCCAGUAUCUCUUCUAUAUCGCGGGUCAUAGGUGGUGUCAAAAAAAACCUUGUGUUAACAUUUAUUGAUGGUCCUACGACCGAAGAAUUCGAUGCGGUUGUUAACUCAUCCUAUUCAUGCGCCAACGAAAAAUUGUAUAAUAUAUUCAAGCUCUACAAGAUAACGGAAAUACUAUAUAGAAGAUGGAUUCCAAGUCGAAACAGAGAUUGA